UCGUUUUUUCUCAUCGUACUCUACUACCAAUACCUUCUCUACCGUCGGAAGCGUUUUCUCUCUCUAUCUCUCUGAGCUAGCUACGAUGCCAAGCCGAUACCCAGGGGCUAUGACCCAGGACUGGGAGCCCGUGGUGCUCAACAAGUCAAGAACCAAGGCCCAGGACCUCCGCGACCCGAAGGCGGUGAACCAGGCCCUACGCUCCGGGGCUCCGGUGCAGACGAUCAGGAAGGCCGACGCCGGUUCCAACAAGAAGGCGGCUCCGGCCGUCAACGCGAGAAAGCUGGACGAGGCGGCCGAGGCGGCGUCGCUGGAGCGGGUCUCAUCGAAUGUGAGGCAGGCGAUACAGAAGGCGCGGCUGGAGAAGAAGAUGAGCCAAGCGGAUCUGGCCAAGCAGAUCAACGAGAGGCCUCAGGUGGUCCAGGAGUACGAGAACGGGAAGGCCGUGCCGAACCAGGCCGUACUGACGAAGAUGGAGAAGGUUCUGGGCGUAAAGCUGAGGGGAAAGACAGGAAAGUGAUCGUGUGUCUUGAAACGACGUAGUAUAUGGUGGUGUUGGUGUUGGACAUAUGUACUGUUUCUUGGCUGUAGGGUUUUGAUCCUUUCUGUUGUUUGUCUUUUGGUGUUGUGACUGCGAGAGGAUUAAUGUAAAUACUGAUGAUGGUUGAUGGAAGAAAUCACUAGUUUGUACAGAGAUAUGGAAAUACGCUAAUGGAAGGUGAAAUGUUACGAAUUCUUGA